AUGGAUGGGCUAGAUUGCCAAUUGGAGAAAGACAUCCCCGAUCAAGCUAGCGACUUCGCCGCGUGCAACGCGAAUCUCCCCCGACUGAGUGAGCUCACUAAGAAAUCACGCAGCCCGAUCAUCGUGACCACUGGUGUUGGAUCGCACCAGAUGUGCGACUCAGAUCUUCCCAUGGACUGGCGAUCGUUCGUUGGUCACUUCCGGGGUCCCCGCAAAGCGAUUGGCGCCAAAGUGGCGCAGCCUCAUGCGAUGGGUAUUGAUAAUAAUGGAGACGCAUUCCUUAGUAUGUCCUUGCAUGAGAUGUCUGUUGCCGCGGACCUUGGUAUUAAAAUCAAAAUCUCGGUCCUCAAUAAUGAAGAGCAAGGCGUGGUUAGGCAAUGGCAGGCGCUGGACUACGACAACCGAUAUUCUCAGUCACCAACGAAAUCCAGAUUCCGUUGA